AUGGCUCAUAACGUCAGACAAGUUCACUAUGUCCCUUAUCCAUUGACUACAAGGGAUAAGCGAGGUUGGUGUGCCGCAAUAACAUCAAAACCAAGGGGUCUGAUUGAAAAAAAUGAGAUAGAUGAACGUGAAGAUGAACCAUAUCAGGAAAAUGAGAUGUCCAAUGUUGAUGAUGUCAUUGCAGUUGAAACUUUUAAUCAACUUUGUGUACAAGAAGAAGCCGAAGAAGUACCUUCUGAUGGUGAUGUUGAUGAAGAGGACGUCGAAGCUAAUGGUGAUGAUGAAGGCAAAAAUUUUGAUGAUGACAAUGUCGAUGAUGACAUUGAUGAUAUUCCACCACCACCGGGUGUCGGACGCGGAGGACGCGGACGCGGUGGACGUAGACGUGCUUUACCCCACCGCGUUGUUCAGAAUCGAUGGUUGGAGGGUAUGCCCAAGUCUCGAACCGUAGAUGGUGUGGAAGAGGAGUACGACUCCUACGACGACGAUGAUGACCACGAGGACGAGGAAAUUGCCGAUAUUGCACUUCUAGCUCCUCAAAAUGAAUUGUUGGUUGACCGGUAUGGUAGACCCAUCAUCAUGCCAUAUACCGCCACAGAUUUGCAACCCCAAAAUGCGGCGACGAAGGCAAUCAAUAAUGCAUUGAAAUCCAAAUUCCAGGCUCCAUAUCUCAACUGGACGGAGGUCAGGGCAGAUGAGCGUGGAUAUCAACAAUUUUGGAAUGGCUUCAGGUCGCAAGUAACUUGGCUAAAUCACCACACAGCGGCUAUUGAGGCUAUAUUCAACAAAAAAGCCACCAAGCGUCUGUCGACCUUACUUUUUGAAGCGCGGAAAAAGAUUAAAAAGGAUCCUUCAAAACCACCACUUUGGCUCGCUAGUAAUUCAUACCAUAUGUUGUGCCUCAGAUGGGAAGAGGAAGAGUAUAAGGCAAAGUGUAUAAAGAACAAAGCCAACAGAAAUACCGAUGAAGCCAAUCGUGCGUGCGUACACUCUGGAGGGUCGAAAUCUGCCGGAACGCUUCGUCUUGAGUUCAUUCAACAAUUUGGUCGUCCACCCACCUUUAUGGAAAUGAAUGACAUGAUGCACAAGUAUGCAGAUUCCGGUGAAUGGACGGGGGCAAGGGCGCAAGAAGUUUCGAGGUUGACGCAAAUUUGGGCUGAAGAAUAUAAUGCAAGCCAACUACGACUACCACCUCAUAGGCGAGAUAAUGAGGAGGUUCGUCGAAACAAGAUGUCGUUGGCUUUUGUUAAGAAUGCUGGUGGUGCGACUCGAGGUCGCAAAUUCGCUGCUGGGUGUACAUCUUCUUUAUAUGCAAGUGACCCAACUGGUUUGAGAGAUGUCACUUACACAUCUUCAUCUUCAUCUAGUACAUGA